AUGAACGGCGUUAUUGAGGCGCUGCACAUCUACGAUGAGCACAACCAUGCCAUCCUGUCGCACACGUAUACCUCCCGCCCGCUGUCGGCGCAGCACCUCCUGCCCCUCUACCUAGAGCACCCGGCCCCGCGCCCGAACCUCGUCUACCUCGCCAACACGAACCCGCCAACACUCGUCUUCAGCCUCAAGCACGCCAACCUGCUGUUCCUGGCCACCUCGUCCUCCGAGAUCGAGCCCCUGCUCGUCCUCGAGUUCAUCCACCGCAUCGUCGACGUCUUUGAGGAGUUCCUAGGCGCGCCCUUGCUAGCGCACAAGAUUGAGAGCAAUUAUGAUGUAGUCGCGCAGCUGCUCAACGAGAUGUGCGAUGCGGGGACGAUCAACACGACGGAACCCAACGCGCUGAGGGAUUUGGUCGAGGUUGAGGGAUGGGUGGGCAAGCUGCUUGGCAGCAUCACCUUGCCUGGGAAACCUAGCAACUUUGGCACGGGCUUCGCCAACCCGAGUACGCCGUCCUUGAUUGCCCAAAAUACGCCGGCAUUACCCUGGCGCAGGGCUAACGUGAGGCAUACGUCCAACGAGAUGUACGCCGACAUCGUCGAGACCCUGACUGUGACUCUCGCACCCUCGGGGCGGCCCCUGGCAGCAUUCGCCAACGGAACGAUAGCCUUCACGUGUAAGGUGUCUGGCAUGCCCGACAUUGUCAUGACAUUAACGAGCCCCUCUGGGAAACACAACCUGGCUGGCUUCAUGGACCUCCCAGUAUUUCACCCCUGUGUCCGUCUGUCACGGUGGAAGGAACGACCUGGCGAACUCAGCUUUGUACCACCAGACGGCCGAUUCAUCUUGGCCAGCUACGAGGUCGACUUGCUACCAUUCACGAACGGCAAGAGCGGUAGUUUAAGUGCCAACAAUCUCAAGCUCCCUGUCAACAUUGAGAUGAAGACCGGGCUGGGCCUUACGGGCUCCGACUUUGAAGUGCGGUUACACGUCAACAAGGUGCUGGGAGGCGGUGGCCCCUCAUCGUCAAGUCAGUACGGAAGAGGUGGCGGCGGUGGUGGAGGAGCAGGUCGAGGCUUCGGCGGCCCCCACCCGGGAACUCCCUCGUCGCCUCUGAUGGAGGAUCUGACCGUCACGGUGCCGUUGCCGGCAGAGGUUAGAAAUCUGUCGGAGCUGCGGCCCAGCAAGGGAGACGCGACCUUCAACCCCAGCGAGAGGGUCCUUGAGUGGCACGUCCCCACUAAGGAGAUAUCCUCUGGCACGUCCUACUUUGGUCUUAGGUGUACCGUAGUGGGCCAGCUGCCGGACGAGGACGAGGACGAGCUCGACCCUAACGGGUUCGGGUUCGGCAAGGCGUACGGCUACGACGAGCAGCCGUACCAGAGCAGUAGCCCCACCCAGGCGAAGAAGACGGCCGACGGCGGAGACGACGAAAAGGACGCGAAGAAGGUGGCGCAGAAUAAGAUGCUGAUGCCGAGCUCGGCGUCGGUGAGCUUCUCGGUCAAGGGGUGGCUGCCGAGCGGGCUCAAGGUGGAGAGUAUCAUGAUUGACCCGCGCAAGAGCAAAGGUCUUGGUGAGAACGUGAAGCCGUACAAGGGCGUCAAGUAUUUGACGGUCAGCAAGGGCGGUGUAGAGACGCGGUGUUAG